CCUAUGGGAAGGUGCCCGAGGGGUGGGUCUUACAGCCACGUGUAAGGACUGUUCUCUGGUGGGGUUGCAGACCCGGUAACGGGAUGGCGGCUGCAGGAGGGAAGAGGAAGCAGCCCAAGCCGAGAGGGGCUUCAGCCGCGGCCGCGAGUGCUGGGAGGAAGAAGCGAAAGCUUCAGGUUACAGAGGAGAAAGCUUGGCAGAAAGCUGGCUCCAAGCUGAAUGAGGAGAUCUCCAGUGAUUCUGAACCAGAUAGUCCAACCAAGAAAAAGAACAAUGAAGCAGAAGAUGAGAUUGAGGAAACGCCACAAGAGAAGAAACUAAGGUUAGCAAAGUUAUACCUGGAGCAGCUUCGACAGCAAGAAGAAGAAAAGGCUGAAGAAGAAGCUUUUGAGAGGGAUUUGGUUGCUGGCCGAUUGAAGGAAGAUGUGCUUGAACAGAAAGGAAAACUGCAGCGACAAAUUGCCAAAACUCUGCAGGCUCCAGAAGCAUCUGAAAUCAGAGUGCUACAAGGUCACCGGCUACCUAUUACGUGUUUGGUCAUCUCACCAGACGAUAAAUAUGUUUUCUCUGCAGCCAAAGACUGUUCUAUCAUCAAAUGGGAUGUGGAGAGCGGAAAGAAGUUGCAUGUGAUCCAUGGAGGAAAGAAGGGGACAGAGGACAGUCACGUUAGCCACUCAGCACACAUUCUUUCAAUGGCUAUAUCAUCAGAUGGCAAAUACCUGGCUACAGGGGAUAGAAACAAGCUCAUUAUGAUCUGGGAAGCUGCAACAUGCCAGCAUCUGUAUAGGUUCACAGGCCAUCGUGAUGCUGUGUCGGGUUUAUCUUUCCGGAAGGGCACACAUCAGCUGUACAGUGCUUCCCAUGAUCGUUCAGUCAAAGUGUGGAACGUGGCUGAGAACGCCUAUGUGGAGACCUUGUUUGGACAUCAAGAUGUGAUCACGGGACUAGACAGCCUCAGCCGGGAGUGUUGUGUUACAUCCGGCGGGAGGGAUGGCACGGUCAGAGUCUGGAAGAUCCCUGAAGAAUCGCAGCUGGUCUUCUAUGGGCACCAGGGCUCUAUCGAUUGUGUCCAGCUGAUCAAUGAGGAGCAUAUGGUGUCUGGUGCAGAUGAUGGCUCAGUAGCCCUCUGGGGUCUCUCGAAGAAGAAACCACUCGCCACAGUGAAGAAAGCCCAUAGCCUGCAUGGCAUGCAGGGCCUAGAACAGCCCUAUUGGAUCUCUUCUGUUGCUGCCUUGCUGAACAGUGACCUCGUAGCCACAGGUGCCUCAUGCUGUUCCCAUAAUGCCAGUGUGAAACUGUGGAAGUGUGGAGAAGGAUUCCGAAGGCUGGAGCCACUCUUUGAAAUUCCCUUGGUUGGCUUUGUUAAUAGCUUGAAAUUCUCAAAUUCUGGAAACUUCUUGGUUGCUGGAGUUGGACAAGAACAUAGGUUGGGCCGUUGGUGGAGGAUCAAGGAGGCCAAGAACAGCAUCUGCAUUAUCCCGCUAAAGAAGACUACAGCAAGCAACACAGUGAUAUCUGGCGAAGGCUCCUAAUACUAUUUUUCUGCAAAUAAUUUGGAGGAAUCCUUUCAAAUUAAUCUGUACAUUAAAACUGCCCUUUGUAUUUGUAAAA